AUGCCUCCAAAACGGGGUGGGGCACGAGGCAGACCCCGAGGGCGAAUUUGCGGUCGAGGACGUGGUCUUGGGCCAAGUACAAGGGAAGUCUCAGAGUCUUCCGAGGAGCAGGCUGAACUACCGGUCGAAGGCACAUCUCGGCGAAAGCAAGCAGCAGCAGCAGCAGCAGCACCCACAGGACACGAGGCAAGGUCACGUGCCCAGCGAGCCGCCUCGACCUUAGACGACGUUCCAUCUGUCGUCGCUGCGACUCCGACGAUACCACUCCAAAGCACGCCUGCGACAACGUUUGUGUUGCAGCAUCACCUGUACUUCCUCUCGGCGGGCUGGAUCUCGUCGUUGCGAUUGGACGUCGACGAGCUGCUCGACUCGUUCGUCGAGGCGUAUCGAGGUCUGACUACAGGAGACGAACAAAGUCCUUUCCAGGUGUUCAAGUCGUGUUGGAUCGCUACAGGGUGGUCGAGGAUCCAUUUGUUCGGCAUAAUGGAGGGGAGAGCGAGACAGAGCUGGGGGGAGAGCAUCCUCAGGGGUUUCUUGGGUCAGUGCCGUUCACAAUCAGAGCUUGAAAUGUCCAUUGUUGGUAACGCAAAUAAGGCACUGACUUGUAUCGGUGCGAAACCUCUGCAGAACGCCUGGUGCCCGACUCGACCUCGGAGCCCUUGAUACAGGUCGCAGCAUUCUUCGCAAUCUACACCUUCUUCUCGGCCCAGGCCGAUACGCAGGAACAGGUGUACAUCAAGAUUGAUCCACGUCAGUUUCUACACACUCGUGGUUCCGGUAGCCAUAGGAGGAAAGCCCGAACCUGACCCCCCAACCACAUUUUCUUCCCCGCCCCCACAGCAACUCUGGAGCACCUUUUAAACCUUCCCCACAAAUUAGCUUCCGCUCUGGAUUCGCAUGCUACCUCGGACAGUCCUUCAUCCUCAUUAAUCGUGCAACCUUCGUUGGAUCUUCAUCAAGUGCUGUUGUCGCUCCUCGAGGCGCAGGCCUUCUUCAUCGUCCCCUCGGAGACAUUCCUGCAUCCUCGUCAACUGCCCACGGUCCACUUGGUCCCGCACAACAAGCAGGCUCAAAAGCAAGAACAAAAGCGAAAGGAUGACGCGACGAUCACAAUGGCUAUUCGAGAUGAGUUGAGAGUUGCCGCCUCUCGUGAGGAGGAGAGCAUCGAGCAAACGGCGAGCACGGUGGCAGAUCUCCUAGCUGAGAGGAAGGCCAAGUACACGACCAAAAAGACCGAGGUGCUUGGACCACGACCCGUCGAGAAAGGCGGUGAAGACGAUCCAACCUCCAAGGAAAUGCUUGAUAUAAUCUUGGCGAGGGCAAAGAAGGCGACAUGGGAGAAUUUGACGAGCAAUCUGGGCAAGGGGAUCGAUGGAAUGGGGGUCGAGGGGGCCAAUUUGCUGAAUCUAUUGGGAUGA